GCUGGUCAGACACUGCCAUGACUCCCCACGCUCCAGCUACACUGCCCAGACUGUGGUGGACCGCCAGCCAUCCCUCAGGCUAGCCGGGAAAGAUGGACCCCAUACUGGAAGUUACCAUCCUGAUUCUCCAGGGCCACCCGGGUGACCAAGAACACGAUAUAAUGAGGAAGUUGUCCCUGGAGGGUUCAGACUAGAAGACGAGGUGAACGUUACGCUAACUUUUUUCGCAACAGCUCACUCAAGUUGAGGGGACUCCAACUAGAUAGACAAAGUCAACAGCAAAGACUGAUCCAAGACAAGUUAUACGCCAGCCAAACUGUUGCUGAGACCGGACAAACUUACUGAUGGCACACUUGGAUGGUAUCUGGUGUUGAUUUUAAACUGCUUUUUUGUGUUCAACUGUGUUUUUCAAUCCCCCCAAUUAAGAGACAGAAUAGUCAUAAGGCAGGACAGUCACCAUGCCCAGGCCAAGGGCGGGGCCUGGCCCGCCACCUGAGGACGUUUAUGAAUUCUCUAUGGACGCGGCAGAAGCUCAGUCUGUCUACUUGCACAGGAAGUCCUUAGAGAAGACAUCUCCUCUGAGCAAAUAUAUUGAGACUGAACACCAGCAAGCAGGGCUGUUCUCUCUGUCUCCCUUCGAUGCCUCCCUGGACGCUGCCGUUGACCUCCAGAAAAAACGGAGGAAGAAAUGUGGUGCCUGCACUCCCUGCCUCCGCAAAGAGAACUGUGGUACCUGCGCAAACUGUAUGAACCGCAAGACGGGCAAGCAGAUCUGCAGGCUGCGCAAAUGUGAACAACUGAAGAAGAGACGGAACGAGUGGGAUGUGAGCGAGGUGGACUAUUUUGAAGACAACAGUCGAGGCUGCUCGGGGAACCCUGAACUGGCAGCUGAGAGCCAGGCAUGUGUAGAUACAAGAGACCAGGGAGGGGAGGAGGGAGGAGGAGGAGGAGAGGAACCCGAUGCGCUGGCUCAGGAGCCGAGGGGGGGGCCGUCCUUCUUCUCCUAG